AUGGGCUCAAAUGACAAAAGAUCACAAGAGAUGGCUUUGAAAUCGACAAGGACUGCACCUGAGCACGCUCAGGAAGGUCUGGAGGCAACAACCCGCUCGAAUUCUACCACCCUAUUGACGGUUGACCUUGUGAAGGACAACCCCUGUGAAUGCAAAUUCUCCAUGUUGUACAGCAUAUUUGUCUUGUUUCUUUCUCUGGAAAAGAUACAGCAGACCGAUCUUCUUGGUCUACCCUUCCAAAUCCCCACCAACAGAGUGGGAGCGCCAAUCUGCCCAUUGACAGAUGACUUGAGAGAAUUGCAUUCAAUUCUUUCCUUGGAAAAGGUACCCACAAAAUUUGUCUGUAUCCCAGGAGAAAUCCUUGCAUCUUGUUUGUACUUCCCCACCAACAGAAAUCCUUGCAUCUUGUUUGUACUUCCCCACCAACAGUGGGAGCGCCAAUUUGUCCCCUGA